AUUGAAGUAGAUAUUAGUUUUGAUAUAAAAAUGAAAAAAAUGAAUUGGUUUAAUAUUUAGAUGCAUGAGUCAUAUUAUUUUUUAUUUGCUGCUUAUGUGAUGAUUAUUUUCUAAAUACAUAUAUGUAUCGGUAUGCAUUCUACAAUGGCUACAAAAUGACAGCAUACACAUACAGUGCUUCAGUGCCCACUGCCCAGUCAGCAGUCUAUACUGUCAGCAUAUGAUUCAGAGGAUCAAGAUGAUGAUUUAUAUUUAGCUAUAUGUAUAUGUAAGAUCUACAGUGUGCAAGUCUAUAGGUGCAAGUAGAAAUGCAUUCAAAGUGUUCUUAGGCAGUUUGGAUGACAGUGCACAGUGUUAUAAAUCUAAUUAUAUUUUGUACAUUAUUCAUGAUGCUGAGUCAUGGUGUUAAUGUGUGUGCUGAUGCUAUCAAAUUGUUACUGAAUUGUGCAUAAAGAAAGCUCAGUUUAAGUAAAAUGGCUGAUCAUUUCAAAAUUCCAGCUGUCAUUAGAAGAUUAAAGAAGGAGGAAGAUCAAAUAAAGAAUGAGCCACCUAUUGGCUGUCAUGCUGAAUCAGUCUCAGAAAAUUAUAGAACCUGGAAAGCAACAAUACUAGGACCUGAAGGGACACCUUAUGAGAAUGGCCUCUUCUAUUUAAAAAUGGAAAUUCAUGAAGAAUACCCAUUUAAACCACCAAAAGUGUGGUUCACUACUAAGAUAUAUCAUGUGAAUGUUGAUUCUGAUGGUUGGAUUAGUUUAGAUAUACUCAAUGAUGGGUGGAGUCCAGCAAUAACAAUAUCAAAAAUUCUAAGUACAGUGAGAUCAUUACUGGUUGACCCUGAUCCAGACUGGGCUGUUGGUGGUGAAGUGUAUGCAGCAUUCACUAAGAAUCGUUCACAGUAUGAUGAAACUGCUAAAGAAUGGACACAGAAACAUGCAAUGGACUAAUUCAAUGGAUUAUUGACAAAAUAAAAU